GUAUAUGUUGCGCAGUCCGUCGCCAAUGGUAACUAAGGGAAUCAAACAGCGACUGCCAUAGCUGCGAAUGGCACUGAUGGAAUAAUUCGUCAUUUCAUAAUAUCAGAGUGAACGGCUUAUUUUGAAAUAUACUUAUAUAAAAAAUCAGUAGUUAAGGUGAAAAGAAGUGUACAAGAUGUCAAUUGCAGUUGCCCAAGCUCGCCAUAUAUUUGGCCUGAAGACAGGGGUAACUGGAAAUGUUGCCUAUCAGGAUGAGCAAACUAUUAUUUACCCAUCUGGCUCCAACUGUGUACUGUAUAACAUUGAUCAAAAGGCUCAAAAAUUCAUCCCUGGAUCUGAAAAAAGUACUGGGAUGACUGCCAUGGCAGUUAGCCCCAACAGAAAAUAUGUGGCAAUUGCUGAAAAAGGAGAAAAAGCUACCAUCACAAUAUAUGACUUGCAUUCACAGAGAAGAAGGAAAGUACUUAGCUCACCUGAGGUGCAGUCUGGAGAGUAUGUCAGUCUUGCAUUUUCUCCAGAUUCUAAAUACCUUGUUGCCCAAGGAGGAAAGCCUGAUUGGACACUACUGUAUUGGACCUGGGAUAAAUCUAAAGUUAUGGCUAGUAUCAAGACAUCUGUAGCACAGGGAAAAGAAAUCCCACCUCCAGUCUAUCAGGUUACUUUCAAUCCACAAGACAACACCCAGCUAUGUGUUGUAGGUAACCAGAUCUUCAAAUUGUAUCGCUACAGUGAGGGUAGCCUAAAACCAUUUGCCUUUCAAAAAAUGGAACCACAGAACAACUUAUGCCAAGCUUGGGUAUCUGAUGAAAGAGUGGUAGUUGGGACAGACAAUGGGAGGCUUUUGUUGUUUGAAGCAGGAGAACUGAAAAACGAGUUCCAUGUGGAGAAGUCACAAAAAGGAGACAAAGAAAAGAUGGACAGCAUCAGUGAAGGUGAGGCAACUCAGCCUUCAGGACCACCAGAGAUUACUGCUAUUGUAGCAUACUCUAAGGGAUUUGCAUGCUCAGUUGGUCCUGGCACUGUCUUCCUGUAUGAGAAAACUGAUGACAAAGAGUAUUUCAAGAAAGCCAGAGAAAUAAAGAUACCUGCUGAUAGCAACAGUGCUGAUCCCAGUAAAUCAGAGAACCAAGUGAUAACCAGCUUGACUGUUAGCCCAUCAGAGGAAACAUUGGUAGCUAGCACUGACAGCAGCCAGCUCUAUAGCAUGACCCUCUCCAGCGCUGACCUGGGAAAGGAUGGCCAAGCUUACUUUGAGUACCUGUGCCAGGCAUUUCAUCAAGGUCAGAUCACAGGCUUGGAUGUGUGUAUAAGGAAGGCCUUGGUUGCAACAUGUGGAGUGGACAGAUCUGUCCGGAUUUGGAAUUUUGAGAACUGUAACCUUGAGCUGUAUAAAGAGUUUGCUGAGGAGGCGUACUCAAUAGCUUUACACCCUUCAGGCUUGUAUGUGCUGGUUGGCUUCAGUGACAAGCUGAGGCUUAUGAAUCUGUUGAUUGAUGACAUCAGAGUCUUCAAGGAGUUUACUAUUAGAGGAUGCAGAGAGUGUGCCUUCAGCAAUGGUGGCCAUCUGUUUGCUGCUGUGACCAGUAACUUGAUCUACAUUUACUCCACUGCAACAUUUGAGAACCUGCUGCAGCUCAAGGGGCACAAUGGUAAAAUUCGCUCAGUGAUCUGGACUGCUGAUGACAACAAGCUCAUCUCUUGUGGGAUGGAUGGCGCUGUGUAUGAAUGGGAUACAUUUACAGGGAAACGUGUGGGAGAGAAUGUCCUCAAGUCCUGUAGCUAUAGUAGUGUAGCAGUCACUCCAGAUGGCAAAACUACUCUGGCAGUUGGAACUGAUCACACACUAAAGGAAAUUUCAGAUUCUUCGAUACUAAGAGAAGUACCAGCUGAGGACACCACCCUGAACACUGUUGGCAUGUCCCACUCUGGCCGUAUGUUGUUUGCUGGGACCAACACUGGAACGCUACGGUCCUACAAGUUUCCACUCACUGCUGAUGGAGAGUGGCAGGAAUACCAGGGCCACUCUUCUGCAAUAACUAAGAUGAAAAUAACAUAUGAUGACACAACCUUGGUGACUGUCUCAGAAGAUGCAUCCAUUAUGCUGUGGAAGAUUCAAGAUAAAGAAGGCAGAGGGGCAAGGAGAGAUAAGGAAGUGGGAUGGGCUGAGGAAAUUCUUAUUACAAAGAGUGAUUUAGAAGAAAAGAACACCAUGAUGGCUGAGCUUAAAACCAGAGUUGAUGAACUCAAAACAGAAAAUGAAUACCAACUGAGGAUGAAAGAUAUGAAUUACAAUGAAAAGAUAAAAGAGCUGACUGAAAAAUUUAUACAAGAAAUGGAGUCCUUGAAAACAAAGAAUCAGGUGUUGAAAACUGAUAAAGAUAAGGAAGAAGCCAAGCAUGAAGAGGAGGUACAGGAGGCACUGGAGAAGCAUGCUAAGGAAAUGCAAGACAUGGAGAGUGCAAACAACCAGAAAUUGAUGCUUGAAUAUGAAAAGUAUCAGGACCUGUUGGCAAAGAGUCAGAAAAUGCAAGAAGAUUAUGACCGUCAGCUGCAGGAGAUGGAAGAUAGCAAAGAACGUGCCCUAGAGGAACUGACAGAGUAUUAUGAAACAGAACUACAGAAGAAAACUACUCAGUUGGAAGAGGCACAUGAUCAAGCAAGAAAUGCACAAAAAGAGUAUGAAGAAACCAAAAGGCAGAUUGAAGAAGAUGCAGAUAGGGAAAUUCUGGACAUCAAGAACAGAUAUGAAAGGCUGCUUAGAGAUGAAAAGGAAUCUAACCUUAGACUUAAGGGAGAAAGUGGAAUCAUGAAGAAGAAGUUCACAAGUCUUCAGAAAGAGAUAGAAGAUCACAAGGAAGAGAUAAAAAAGAACCACACUGACAAGGAGAAGUUGUCUGGUGUUAUUUCAAAUCUUGAGAAGGACAAGACUGGUCUUAAAAAAGAAAUAGCAGAGAGAGAUGAAACCAUUCAAGAUAAGGAAAAGAGAAUUUAUGAUCUGAAGAAGAAAAACCAAGAACUGGAAAAAUUCAAAUUUGUGCUGGACUACAAAAUUAAAGAAUUGAAGAAACAGAUUGAACCCAGAGAGAAAGACAUCAAAGACAUGAAGGAGCAAAUACAAGAGAUGGAAAGUGAACUGGAGAGGUUCCACAAACAGAAUACACAAUUGGAGUUGAAUAUCACAGAACUGAGACAGAAACUGAAGGCAACAGACAAGGAAAUGCACCAAGAAAGGCAGAAGGUGCGUGACCGUGAGGCAAUGAUCAAGAGGUUUAAGACUGAUCUGCACAACUGUGUUGGGUACAUCCAGGAUCCGAAGAUGUUGAAAGACAGCAUCAAAGCUCUCUACAAGAAACAUGUACAAGAAGACAUAACUGAAUCUGCAAGUGUGGAUGCAGAUAUUCAGAAAGAAUAUGCACGUCAGCGUGAACAUCUGGAGAGAUCCGUGGCUUCCCUGAGAAAGAAGCUUGCCAAGGAUACAGAAAUCCACAGAGCUGAUAAUGUCAGAAUCAUGCAGGAAAAUGUCUCUCUCAUCAAAGAAAUCAAUGACCUGAGGAAAGAACUAAAGAUUGCCAGAACACAGGUCCAUGACUUAGAGGCUGCUCUUGGUCUGCACAGGAAGAAUGCUGCUGCUGAAGCUACAGCCACAUUGCAAGCUGUAGCUUCACAGAACAAAAAUGCCAUGUUAGAGAAGGACUUAGAGGAGUCUAAGAGAAUAGUAGACAUGCAAAAGAAUGAAAUUAAGAGACUACGCCUGAGCAUUUAUGAAUUGGAAAAUGUGGCUAGACCACCUUCUGGUGGUAAACUUCCUCCUGUGAUUGUGCAGUGAGGAAGUGAAGUUCAAUUGAUUUUAUGCGAAAGACAAUAAAUUUACUUCCCAUUUUUCGUAUUCCUUUGAACAUCGUAUAUAGAAUGACCACUGGUUUCACAUGGACUUCUCUUAAAAUUUGAGAACCAGUUGUAUGUAAUUGAAAGUGGAAAUCGUUUAUGGACAAGAUUUAACUGGAACCAACAUUUGUAUAUAUUUGUGCAUAUUUCUGUAGAUAUAACUUUCAGGCAAGUUAACAUUGUCUUAUGGGGAGCUGCAGGCAACAGAUAUUUGUCAUGUGAUAUGUUAUUUGAUAAUUCAUAUUAAAAUGUUCUUUCAAGUGUACAUCAGUUUAUUCUCUUUAUUGAAAUUUGCCA